AAUAUGAGUGAUAUUUUAAAUCCGAUGUAUAACCUUUUAAAAAAAAAUGUAAAGUGGAAUUGGGAUGAAAAGUGUAUGAACGCCUUUAUUAAGAUAAAAAAGGUAUUGAGUAGUUCCCCGGUGCUGGCGCAUUACGACCCGAACCUGCCGCUCAUACUGGCGGUCGACAGUAGCCCGUACGGCUUGGGCGCAGUGCUGCUGCAGCGCGGCGCGGACGGCGCCGAGCGGCCGGUGUGCUGCGCGUCCCGCACGCUCGCGCCCGCGGAGCGCAACUAUGCGCAAAUAGAUAAGGAAGCGCUCGCCAUUGUGUUCGGUGUGACGAAACACCACCAGUACCUAUACGGGCGGCAUUUCAUUUUGCGCAGCGAUCACCGCGCUCUGAGUUACAUAUUUGGGAAGAAUCGGGGCAUCCCGUUGACUGCGGCGAGUCGCUUACAGAGAUACGCGGUCAAAUUAUGUGCGUACGAUUUCGAAAUUGAGUUCGUUAGGUCUAUUGAAAACUGCCAGGCCGAUGCGCUCUCUCGACUCCCCUUGAGCUCGACUAGCGGUCGAGUCAAGAGCGAGACUGAAAGAUGUAGCUACCUUAAUUUUAUUCGAGAAAAUUUUCCUGUCAGUUUUAAAGAAAUCAAGACUGAGAUCGCGAAAGAUCCUUUAUUAAGUAGAAUCUACGGCUACGUAAUGUUCGGUUGGCCGACUAAAGUUACAUCUGAAUUGGAAAAACCUUAUUUUAAUAGAAAAGAUAAUUUAUAUAUCGAUCAAGGUUGUUUAAUUUGGGGGUAUAGAAUGAUAAUUCCUAAAAAGUUACGCCAGAUGGUACUAAAAGAGAUACACGACGGACAUCCCGGUAUAGUUAAAAUUAAACAAAUCGCUCGUAACUAUGUGUACUGGGACGGCUUAGACGCCGACAUUGAGCGCGUGUCGGCGCAGUGCACGGCGUGCGUGUCGCAGCGCCCCGCGCCGCCCGCCGCGCCGCUGCACUCGUGGCCCUGGCCCGCCGAGCCGUGGUCGCGUUUGAAUAUCGACUUCUUGGGACCGUUAAAUAACACGUAUUACUUAGUUAUCGUAGAUGCUCAUUCCAAAUGGAUCGAGGUCGAAAAGUUGCAGACCAUAUCCGCAGCAGUCGUCAUAGGUCGUUUGAGGCAACUAUUCGCUAGGUUCGGGCUCCCAAAAAUUAUACAAAGUGACAAUGGCCCGCCGAUGUCGUCAGCGGAGUUCGGUUUGUAUCUUAAACAAAACGGUAUCAAACAUAACCUCAUAGCCCCAUAUCACCCUAGUAGUAACGGGGCCGCUGAAAAUUCGGUACGUACUAUAAAAAGAGUUCUUAAAAAAGCUGUUGUUGAGAAAAUGGAUGACUUAACUGCGCUCAGUAGAUUUCUUUUUACGUAUCGAAAUACGGAGCACAGCACCACGGGGCGAGAGCCCGCCGUGGCUAUGUUCGGUCGGCGGCUGCGCGGCCGCCUCGACCUACUGCGGCCCAACGCGGCCGAGCGUUGCGCGAGGCGCGGCCCGGCGACGCGGUGCUCAUACGGGAUUAUGCUAGAAAUAGUUCUAAAUGGGCGGAGGGUGAAGUACUAG